AGAAGAAUGGUGGAUGUACCUGCCGCACCCAGCCACCCGAAGAGAAUAGUUUCGCUGUCUCAACCGGAGCGUUAGUAUGAGGUUUCACCUCCUCUGAGAAUAAGACAGGGAAGAUGAGAGACGCAGUCAUUGUUUCAGGACCCGCUCCCUCUGUGGGCGGUGCGGGGAGGGUCCUGCCCUCCGCCUCCACUGGACCGAGAACCUCUCCAGCGGCGACCAGAGCGCGGGAUCUUGCAGAGAAGGCCAACGGUCCGAGUUUCCUGGCGGGGAUGCGCAGCUACACGGUGACCGUCGCCACCGGGGGCCAGUGGUUCGCCGGCACGGAUGACUACGUCUACGUCACUCUGGUGGGCAGCGAGGGCUGCAGCGAGAGGAGCCUGCUGGACAAGGCGCUGUACAACGACUUCGAGAGAGGAGCGCAGGUUGAUUCCUAUGAAGUGAGAGUGGAGGAGGAUCUGGGCGAGAUUCUCUUGGUGAAAAUAGAGAAGAAUAAAUACUGGGUGCAAGACGACUGGUACUGCAGGUACAUCACGGUCAAGACCCCAUCCGGAGACCACAUGGAGUUCCCCUGCUUCCGCUGGAUCGUCGACAACAAGGAGGUGGUGUUGCGGGAUGGAAGAGCCCACCUUCCUCAGGACGACAAGCUCAGUCUGUUCAAGAAGCACAGGAAAGCCGAGCUGGAGAUGAGGCAGAAAACUUACAGGUGGACGGAGUGGCAGCCGGGGUUCCCCUUGAGCAUCGAUGCCAAGGCUCACCAUGAUUUGCCACGGGACGUCCAGUUUGACAGUGAGAAGGGAGUGGACUUCGCCCUCAACUACACUAAAGCGAUCGAGAACCUGUUCGUGAACCAGUUCAUGCACAUGUUCCAGUCCUCCUGGGGGGACUUUGAAGAUUUCCAGAAGAUCUUCCAGAGAAUCAAAAACACAAAUUCAGAGUACGUGAUGAAACACUGGAGGGAGGACUUCCUGUUCGGGUAUCAGUUCCUGAACGGCUGCAACCCAGUUUUAAUCCGAAAAUGCACCAAGAUUCCUGACAAGUUUCCCGUCACUCAUGAGAUGGUUGCGCUCAGUCUUGAGAGGGAGUUGACUCUGGAGCAGGAAGUACAGGCAGGUAACAUCUUCAUUGUGGACUAUGAGGUUCUAGAGGGCGUCAGUCCAAACUGCACAGACCUGUCCACAACUCAGUACCUGGCUGCCCCCAUUUGUCUUCUCUACAGGAACCUCAGGAAGAAAAUCCUUCCCAUUGCUAUUCAGCUGGGUCAGAGCCCGGGUGAGGACAUGCCCAUCUUCCUGCCCACCGACAGCCAUCACGACUGGCUCCUGGCCAAGAUCUGGGUCCGCUCGGCCGACUUCCAGUACCACCAGAACAUCACUCACCUGCUGCGGACUCAUCUGAUCACAGAGUUGUUCGCCAUCGCCAUGUACCGGCAGCUGCCCGCCGUCCACCCGGCCUUCAAACUGCUCAUCCCUCACGUCCGCUUCACCAUCGCCAUCAACACCAAAGCUCGCGAGGAGCUCAUCUGCGAGAGAGGGCUGUUCGACAAGGCCAAUGCGACGGGUGGAGGAGGCCACAUACAGCUGAUCCAGAGGACCAUGAAGACCCUGACCUUCAGGUCUCUGUGCUUCCCUGACAUGAUCAAGUCUCGAAACAUGGAGGACCAAGAAGAGCUGCCCAAAUACUUCUACAGAGACGACGGCUACAAAGUGUGGGAGGCCACAAAGAACUUUGUGUCCGACGUGAUGUGUCUGUACUACACCAGCGAUGAGAAGGUGCAGCAGGACGAGGAAAUCCAGGCUUUUGUCAAAGACGUGUGCAGCUUUGGAAUGCAGGACUUUGACCAAUGCGAGUUUCCCAAAUCUCUGAAGUCACGGGAGGAACUGAUCGAGUACCUGACCAUCAUCAUAUUCACGGCUUCGGCCCAGCAUGCGGCGGUCAACUUUGGGCAAUACGACUGGUGUUCCUGGAUCCCGAAUGCGCCGUCCACCAUGCGGCAGCCGCCGCCGACACAGAAGGGCGUGGCCGACAUGAGGCUGAUCGUGGACAGCCUUCCAGACCGUGGGCGCUCCUGCUGGCACCUGGGGGCCGUCUGGGCCCUCAGCCAGUACCAGGAGAACGAGAUAUUCCUGGGGACGUAUCCGGACGAGCAUUUCACGGAGAAGUCGGUGAAGGAGGCCAUGGAGAAGUUCAGGAAGCAGCUGGUGGACAUCACCAGCGACAUCAAGAAGAGGAACGAAGGGAUGAAGAUGCCCUACUUCAACAUGUCUCCAGACAGAAUCCCAAACAGCGUUGCUGUGUGAGGAGCUAUGCAACAUUUGUCUGUAACUAUGAUCGCUAAAUGCCGUCAACUUUUUCCCAACAAUUCAAGUGGAUCACAGCAGAAAUGUUCUUAUAUAACCGACACAUUCCUCAUCCAUACGCUGACUUGAGAGGCGAGUUUAGGCAGGUGAUAGUUUUGGGGUUAUGAGGAACAACUUUUUCUUAUGAUGCUAAACAUCAGGAUUUUUUCUUCAAAAUGUUAUCCCUCAUCACAUGCAUGAUACACAUGCAGGAGUCAUGAGACUUUCAUAUCAAAUCUACACAAAGGCACUUUAGAUCACGAAGCAGAUAAAAAAAUAACGAAACAGCACAAUGUUAAAAUAUAGUAUGAUUUUCAGUGCAGUGAUUAUUUAAAAAGUCAGCGCACUGGCACCGUUUUUAACGACACCGAUCUGUGAUCAGGAAUGUACAGAGAGGUUUUGACUUCUAUUUAUCGUUCUUAAAUCCUUGCUGCCCUCUAGUGGCGAGUCAGGUGAGACUAGUGUCGCCACAAUUUUAUGAACGUCAUUGAAACGGCUGAAACUAUUAAAUAUAAUAGUGUUUAAAUAUUCAUUAACCCCAAAAUAUCACGUGAAAUUUGAAAUCUGAUCUUUACAAAAUGACAACAGAGAAAACCUAAAGAAAAAAUGAUCUGUCCCGGUGCUCCUUAUGUGAUCAACAUGUGAUGCUUUAGAGCCUUGAAAAACAGUUAGCUAUUCAUUUCCCUAACUGUCACAGAUUUUUCAAAACAGAAACAGCUCACUGAUAUAUAAACAAGAUUUUCUCAUUACAAAGGAGUACAGUAGAUUCUGUACUUGAGGGUUAAAUGAAUACUUUUUGUGCGAGAAACCUUUUAUAAAUGGAUUUUGAGUAGUGCUGUGCUUCUUAAAAUAACUGGCUUAACUUUCUAUUUUUCCAUCCAUGACAAACUAAAGAAAUAUCCCUCACACAAACUGUUUGAUUUGAGUCUGACCCAUCACACAGACACUGUCCGUCAUAAAAGCAACUUCAUUUUUAUUUGGUCGUUCUUUUUAAGUCUACAUACUAUCUUCAAACAUGGGAGGGGAAAAACAUCAAUAUUUAUUCAGUUUUAUAAACAUAAGUACUUUGAGCAAAGUUUUUACA